AGUCAACCCAUUUUGUUGAUAAUGGGCCAGGCGCCAACUCCUAACACUUUACAGAAAUCAAAGGUCUUGUUUGCUCAGAGACCGCACAUGAUCAGGCUUUGAUCCCUACCCAUGCGUUAUGGGAGCGGUCGCCAUUUUUCCACCCACCCUAACCAAAAUAUGCUUUUCUCUUGAACAAGUGACACAUUAAAAACUGGAGCUAAUUUUAUUGAGCUUGCUUCACCCGGUUUGAAGACGGUGUAGAUGUAUUGCUAAAAUUAGGCUGAUAUGUAUAGGAAAAUAUCAAGCAUGAUGAACAAACGGGGGAGAAUGAAAGGAAAGAACGAAACUAAUUUACGGAUCUGAAAGCUGACAACAGACAAGCCCAGUGCCAUGUAUGGAAACCCCGUUAAGCGAAGCUAGAAAUUAGUUGCACAUCCACUUUUUCUUAUUUAUCCUGGAAAUUACAUAUGCAAAUUUGCUGAAUUUUAAUAAUGAGAGAGAUAAAAACAGAAAAUGUUUGAGGCGUGAAAAGGUUCUUACAUUACACUAUUUUUUAUUUCCAGUAAUUUAUAUUUUAUAGAAAUUUAUUUAGCGAUGACAGAAAAUAGAAAUCAGGGCCUAGACGUGAGGCACUGCGGAAAUGUUUUGUGUGCGAUGCAAUUUUCCUAAUUUUUCUGUGACGUGGCUAAAUUACGUGCAACGCGGGCACGGUGGUGAUUUUUCGUAAGGCUU